AUGUCCGAUGAGGAAACAGUGAAUUUGUUGCAAUGUCCCAUCGAGGUAAAACGUAGCAAUAGUGGCAGAAAUUUUGGUUGGGGAUUGCCACGGAUUGACUAUAUGAGCUUUAAGCGUAUAUUGGCCAACUUGUAUUACGAAUGGAACAACCCUGUGACCUACGUCAUUAUGGUGUGUAUAAACACCUACAUAAUACUAUCCUGUCUAUUCUAUACUAUAGUUCCCACACCCGCAUAUGUGCUGGAAAUUUUUGUCAUGAUUACAUUCACUUUUGAGCUAUCAACAAAAGCUAUACUAUUGGGUCCUAAGGCGCUAUGGGAAAAGGAUGGCAAGAUAGACACAAUCGCCUACGUCAUGUGUUUUAUAUCGAUGUUUGGAACAUGGGACUUUAGCAUCCCCGAAGAGUACGUAUACCCCGAUCAGGCCCAUACAGGAGACAAGUACGCCAAAAUCUUUGUAGUGUCAUUUCGCAUAAUCGCACAACUCAUAAGGCUUUUCAGGGCUAUAAUCUGUCAUUAUAAAGCUAAGUUCAAGUGCGAUGAUCGUAUUUGGAUAGAGAUGGAUGAAACUCUCCAACCUUGUAUCGCUAAUUGUUAG